CCUGAGAACGACCCCAAGGUCAUACAGUUACGGGAAUACCUGGAAACAUCAAAGCAGUAUCUGGAGAUAUGCAAAACGGCUUUAAAAAACGCUGCGCAAGAAAAGAAACGCAGCUCUGAGGAGCUCGACAUUGGAGACAGCGAUCAGGUGGUUGUCACAACCCUAGCAGAUCUCUUCGAUAGUAGGAGAGCAACAUCAGCAAACAGAUCAGCACAGUUCGUGGGCUCCAUAUCUGAUGAAACACUACGGCAGGUGUCCGCAAAUCGAUAUAGUAGCCGGUUU